AUGGCGCCUAUACUGCUCGAUCACCUCCCCAGCCUGACGAGCCCUCUCGGUAUCGCCCUGAUCGUCUCGGCUUGCUUCGCCCUCUUCUACCUCAUCGAGAGCUUCAUCCUCACCGUUCCGUAUCCUCCCAGCGUCCCUCUCGUCGGAGAGCCCGAGGGUGCGCUUCGCUUCAGUCUGCGCACCAGGGUUGCCUACUACACCAACUGCGAGGCCCUGCUCCGCGAGGCCUACACCAAGUAUGUCAAGAAAGGCAAGCUUGUCGUUGUCCCCGGCUUCGGCUUCCGGAAAGAGGUUAUUAUGCCUCAGAGCGCUAUGAAAUGGGUCCUUUCCCAACCAGAUGAUGUGUUAAGCGUCGACGCAGCAUUUGCCGACAUCGACCAGGUCCGAUGGAGUCUCGGCCACGAUAAGAUUGUUACAGAUGCAUAUCAGGCUAUGGUCGUUAAAACUGAUAUAAACUGUGUCCUGGAGAAUAUCUGUGCUGCUAUGAAUAAUGAGCUGGGUGUUGUCUUUGACGAGCAGUUUGGUACUGAUACUGAGAAUUGGAAGAAGAUUGAUCUUCUGCCCACGGUUAAGAUUAUUGUUGCCCAGGCAGCUAGUUGCUUCACUGUCGGACUUCCGCUCUGCCGCGACAAGGACUAUCUCCGCACUGCCCUCGACAUCAACCAGCGCCUUGUUAUUAACGCUGCCGCCACCGGAGGAGCCCCUCGCCUUCUCCAACCGCUUAUUGGCACGCUGCUCAACAUCCCAACACGCAGACUUCUGGCCAAGAUGAACAAGUGGUUCCUUCCGCUAUGGAAGCAGCGCUUAGAGACCCUCGCCUUCGACCGCAAUGACCCGGACCACAAGGAGCCCCAGGAUCAGGUCCAGAUGAUCAUCCGCUUUGCCCAGCGCGAGCGCCAGCACGAGCUCCACGACUACAAUAUCAUGCUCCGUCGCCUCGCCGCCAGCAACUUCGGCUCCAUGCAUCUGACACAGAUCCAGGUUACUAACCUGAUCCUCAACGUCCUCGGCUCCGACGCCGAGUUCAACACCAUCGCCGUCCUGCGCGACGAGAUCGACCGCAUCCUCGGCCAGGAUGAGUCUGCUGAGUGGACCAAGGCCAAGGUAAGCCAGAUGACCAGAGCCGAUAGCGUCGGCCGUGAGACCCUGCGUCUGCACUCCCUUGGCGUCCGCGCGAUCUUCCGCAAGGUCAUGACGUCGAACUUCAAGACCCCUGACGGCUACCACCUCCCCAAGGGCACCCUGCUCUCGUUCCUCAGCCAGCCUGCGCAUGUCGACGCCGAGACGGUAGACGAGCCGCUGAAGUUUGACCCCUUCCGGUUCUCGCGCCUGCGCGAGAUCGCAGCCAGCCGCGACGAGAGGGCCCCGCCCGUGACCCUUGUGUCGACGUCGCCCGAGUUUCUGCCCUUUGGCCACGGCAAGCACGCGUGCCCGGGUCGCUUCCUCAUCGACUUUGAGUUCAAGAUGAUUCUGGCAUAUGUGCUACGUAACUAUGAUAUUGCGUUUCCUAACGAGUAUAAUGGGCGGCGACCGCAGAAUGUUUGGCUCGCGGAGGCGGUUUUUCCCCCAGAGGGUGUUAAGAUUUUGGUGAAGAGGAGGGCGAGGAAAGGUAACAUGUAG